CACGACAUGCAUAGAUUAUCUCUCUUCCUUACCAUGUUUCGAAAUGGAAAUGCCGAAGCCGAAGUGAGCGGCAGUGCUGACGCCGUAAAAAUGGCGACCAACAUGCUGCCGUCGUCCCCGUCUCCGUCUCCGCCUCCUACUUCGCGCUCGCUACAGGCCCCGACCAAUGCUGCACGCCGGUUGCUGGACGCGGCGUCUUCUCCCCAGAGGCGGCAUGCCCAUGCCCCGGCACAGCGCGCGCGGCCCGCGGCUGCGGCCUUCGCGCGGGAGAUCGGCGCCUGCGUGCGAGCGCGGCGCUGGGGCGCGGCCUGCGAGGCGUUCGCAGCCAUGCGCGCCGCGGGGCCAACCCCCGACAGGUUCCUCCUCCCGCAGGUGCUCCGCGCCUGCGCCGGGGCCGGGGCGUCCCGCCUCGCCGCCGCCGCGCACGCGCUCGCCGCAAAGGGCGGGCCCGGGCUCGCUGACGACGCCGUGGUAGGGAACGCAGUCGUUGCCAUGUACGCCGCGCUCGGGGACGUCGACGCCGCGCGGGCGGCGUUCGCAUCCCUCCACGAACCCGACGUCGUGGCGUGGACGGCUGUCGUCAGCGCGUACGCCAACGCCGGGGAGCUCGACGAGGCUCUAGGGCUGUUUGAAUCGAUGCAAGCCAGCGGCGUGCGGCCGGAUGUGAUUUCAUGGAACACGCUGGUGUCUGGGUUCGCGAGGAAUGGAGACCUUGGUGCUGCGCUGCAUCUGUUUGAUGAAAUGCGGCUGAGGGGUGUCAAGCCGCGGGUCAGUUCUUGGAAUUGCAUCAUCUCUGGUUGCGUCCAGAACUCACGCUACGAUGAGGCUUUGGGCAUCUUCCAGGAGAUGUGCGAGACCGAGAUGCCCGAUGCAGUGACUGUUGCUAGUAUACUCCCUGCUUGCACUGGCUUGAUGGCACUAGGCAUUGGAAAGCAGCUGCAUUCUUAUGUUGUACGGUGUGGGAUCAAAUUAAAUGUUUACAUUGGUUCUUCUUUGAUUGGCAUGUACUCUGAGUGCAGGCAGUUUGCUUAUGCAAGAAGUGUGUUUUCUGCCAUUGAUGAGAGGAAUGUCACUGUAUGGAAUGAGUUGAUUCAGUCAUAUAUCAAUGAUGGGAGGAUGGACAAGGCGUGGGAAGCUUUUAACUUGAUGCAGGAGGAUGGGUUGGAGCCUGACAUUGUCACAUAUAACAGUUUCAUUUCUGGAUAUGCUAGAACAGGUCAGAAAGAACUAGCGUAUGAACUGUUGUCAGGCAUGGCCAAUUUCAGCUUGAAGCCUACUGUGAUAUCGAUGAAUGCGUUAAUAUCUGGCUUGCAUCACUAUGGCCUCUGUGCAGAUGCACUGGAAGCUUUCAGAUACAUGCAGCUCCCGAACAGAGAAGCAAAGCACUGGUCAUUUCAUGAUAAUAACAGCCCAAUUCAACCAAAUGGGACUACCAUCACUAGUGUCCUUUCACUAUUGACUGACCUUAAGUUACACCGUUUCGGCAAGGAAGUGCACUGUUAUGCUUUGAGGAAUGGUUUGACAUCAAACAUAUUUGUUUCUAGCAAAUUGGUUGACCUUUAUGGUAAAACUGGUGAUAUGGUAUCUGCUGCCAAUUUUUUCCAGGGAAUCAGGAAUAAGAAUGUUGUCACGUGGAACAGUCUGCUAGCAGCUUACAAGCAUAACAGGAAGCCAGAAGUUGCUUUGAAACUGUUCUACGAAAUGCUCAAGUCUGAUUUACUUCCUAACUUGGUGACAAUGCAUAUAGUUCUUCUGUCUUCUGGUAUGACGAUGGCACUGAGAUAUGGAAGAGAACUACAUGGUUACAUUAAUAAAAACUGGUUUGGUGGUUAUCCAGAUACUCUUGCAACUGCAUUGAUAGAUAUGUAUGGGAAAUGUGGUAAGAUUGAUGAUGCUAGAUUGGUUUUUGAGUGUACUGUUGAAAAGGAUAUAGCAGUAUGGAAUGCAAUGAUGAGUUGCUACUUGCUUCAUAGGAUGCCUAGAGAUGUUAAAAGAUUGUUCAAGUAUAUCGAACACUCUAGAAUUCAACCAGAUCAUGUUACUUUCGUUAUACUUCUUUCAGCUUGUAAGCAAGAAGGUUCCAUGGAGGAAGCUCGGAGCUAUUUAUACAGUAUGGAAGAUUUGUAUUGCAUAAAACCAACUUUAAAACACUAUACCUGCAUGGUUGACAUCAUGGGAACAGCUGGUUUACUGGAGGAGUCACUAGAACUUAUCCAGAAGAUGCCACUUGAGCCGGAUGCAUGCCUAUGGUCUACUGUUCUCAAAGCUUGUAAGCUACACUCAAAUUUGGAGGUUGCGGAUAAGGCUGCAAAAGCUCUUUUUGAGCUCGAACCAAAUAAUACUUCAAACUACAUGGCGCUUUCCAAUAUAUAUGCCAACAACGGCCUGUGGGAUUUCACUGACUCUGUCAGAGAUGCUAUGACAGAGCAAGGGUUGCAUGUGGAGAGACAAUGCAGCUUGCUAUAUCUUGGUACAAAUGUGGAUUCAUUUGAGGCUGGAGUUAUGUCUCAUCCUGCAUUCGAGAAUAUUUUGAAUGCAUGGAAGGACGUAGCUAGUAGAAUGGAACAAUCUGGGUAUGCUCCUCAGGAUAAUGAGCCCUAUUGCAAUGUAGAAGUUGAUCCGUUGUCAUGCCACCAUACUGAGCGGAUUGCGGUGUGUUACGGACUUAUAUCCAUGUGUGCUCAUGAGCCAAUACGGGUCUCGAAGAAUUUUCGGAUGUGCAAAGAAUGUCAUUCCUCAAUGAAGUUCAUCUCAAGGGACAAGAACCGGCAAAUAUUUAUUUCAGAUGGUUGCACCUAUCACCAUUUUAGCAAUGGCUCAUGCAGCUGUGGAGAUAUGUGGUAGAUGAAAAGUUGGUUUAACAUGAAAAAACUCUCUCUUGUACAUCACGAAAAAACUGUAGCAAUGUCUCACGAGGGUGACAUGCGACCAGCUCAAAAGUCAGAUUACACCAUCUCGACUGAAAAAAAAGGCACCAUCUUCAACCCAUGGGCUGCAAAUAUGGUUUGCUCCAAGGAAGAUUCGAAGCCUGGAGCUCUUGCAAAGUUCUGAGGGAGCAAGGGGCAAGGUUGGCCAGAAUUAUGUUAGAAGUGAGAUGUAUGUUUUAUGAUUUCAUCAUAUAAAACUUGUACAUGGGUGGCUCAUAGUGCUAAUAAGUUGUUGAUGAUGGGGGACGAGUUCAGCCAUGCUCUUGAGCUCUUCAGCUGUUGAUUUACAGGUAACUGAUGGCCUAGAUGGGGCAGCAGGCCGCCUAGCCGUAUUUGUUUGCGUAAGCAUUGUGAUUUGUCUCUCUGAUGUACAGCAGUACUCCAAGGUUUCUAGUUACUACCCAUUAUACGGUGCGCUGGUGCAGCGGGGGCUGAAAUGUUAGCUUACUUGCAAGGUCGUCAGCUGGUUUUGAGAUAGAAUUUACAGCAAACUUUGUUGGAGACUGAUUGUUCUUGAAAUGUAGCUUCUCGCGUGUUGUAGCUACUCGUGCGUGAUUGUAAUGACAUCAGUAUAUGAUAAUUUCUGGGUCGAACAGAUUCAUGUGUACAACUGAUAACUUUUAUGUUC